AAAUAAACGAGUCAAAACUCAAUGCAAACAGAAGUUACGACUCGGCAGAAAGGGUUUGUGUUCCGAGAAGGAAGAAAUUUGAUCCAAAAUGCUGAGACUAAAUCGAAUUCUAACCCAAGCGAGAUCUUCUUCGUCUUCAAUUUUCAUUUGUCAACAUCAACUCCUCUCUCAUGGAGACAACACCAACCUCUUCUCGCUCCCUUCUCAGCACUUUGCUCUCAAAUCCUCUAAUCGUUUCCUUGACAUUUACCAGAUUGGGAACAAGGCGGCCCUCGAGAAAGAACGCGAAAGAUUUGCUGAUGAGAUGAAACGGGGAUACUUCGCUGACCUUGCGGAGCUUAGGAAACAUGGCGGUAAGAUUGCAUUCGCAAACAAAACUAUAAUUCCUGCAAUGGCUGGUUUGAGGUUUCCUGACUUAAUUGUCGAUUACUCGGAUGGUAGAACUUUGAAAUUUCCAGUUAGUUCCAAUAGGAAUGCUGUAGAAGUAGAGAAUGUGGGUGUCCCCAGAGCAUCUCUACUAUGUCUUUCUUUUCGAGCAAGCUCUCAGGUACGAAAUCCUUUGGCUUUUUCGUGGUGUAAUUAUAUAGUUUAAACUGUAAUUCGUUGCACACCCUGCCCAUAAGUUUACUAUUAUUGUUAUUUUUGGUAAGAACAUGCAACAUUAGGCCAUUGACACGUCAGAUGUUGGUAAACAUUUGUAGUAUUUGUUGGAAAAACAGUGGAAGGGUAAGCUAGAGAUGUGUAAGAAUGAUUGUCCUUGAGCCUUAAGGAUAGUUCCACCUUUAAAUUGUGCGGAUGGUAUAAUGCAGUAUCUAAGAAUUUGACAGACCUUUCAAGAGUUUUUUUAUGCACUCAGAAACUAGAGAACAUGAAUAAUGUAUAGGAGAAGGAAACCGAAAAUGUUUCUGUUGGCAAGUAUCUAAGGCAACCCAAGAUGUGGAUGAAUUGAGUUUUCUAAAAUUUAAACAAGUUAAAAAGAAGACAGUAAGCAUUUAGGAGCAAAUUACUCAAACAACCAAAAAUUGAUUCACAACCCGUAACUUAAUUUAAUAUAUAAAUUUAAGAGAGUAGGAAAGACUGAAAACUCAGUACAUAAAGGUUCUGCCACCAAUCUUGUGCAUACAUCCUUUACUCAAGCAUUCACUAGGGAUGAUGCGGAAGGGUCAACUAACGUGAUAAAAAACCCACAUAUACUUCAGUAUUUAGAAUCUUUAAACUCGCAACAAGUCCUCCCUACUUGACUUACUUCCAACAUGUGAAUGUCAACCAAGGUAAUUGGGAUGAUGACUUGAAUUGAUUAAAUGCCACAAGAUGGAAUCUUAAUUAAUGAAAUCAAUUUAAGAAGGAUUGAUAAUAUGUAGAAGAAUUUAUCUUGAUAAGUGAAUAAAUUCCCACUCAACAAGAAGAUUGAAGAAAACAUCAAUAGUUGAAAACUAAAAACUCAUAAUUUUAUUAUUUUCAAAUUUGAAUGAAUACAAUUAGAAAUUGAAAACCUAUAUAUAGAGUAUGUCAUGUGCAUUAUAAGAAAACAAAUAUCCUAAAUUAAUUAUAGAAAUGAUAAAAAAAUUAAAUUUUGACUUAAAUGAAAAAAUAAUAAAAAUUAAGAAGAUUUGGAUUAGGAUAGGUUAGAUAAGAUAUUAUCUUUUUAAAUGAAAAUAUUUUAAUUAAUUGUGUAGAAAUUAGGGGAAGUAAAUAUGGUUAAUUAAAAUUGGUCAUUAAAAGAGCAAAGAGUCCACCCCUAUCUUUUCUAAACCGUGGGGUUUAGUUCUUUAAGGAAUAAGAUUUGAUUUUCUUUUCUUUUAAGAUGUCACAUGAUUUGGGAAGAAGUCUUCCCUCUUGGUUGAUUCUCCCUUUAAAGAAAUUCUUUUCCUUCUCAUUGUUCUCAUCAUCUCAUUCCUCUUCAAAAAUGAUUCAUUCUUGAAUCGGACAUUUCUUAUGUUGGGAUUUCAUCAAUUCUAUUUUUUUUUUUUUUUUGAGAAAAUGUCAUUGGUUGGGAUGUUGUAUGAGUUCAUUGCAAAAAUUUGUAAGGAAUUAUUAGUAAAGAAAAUAACACUCUCUCACAUGUUUCACUCAUGUUUUACUCAACUUCCUUCCUUCACGUUGAAUGUUAGAAUUAAAUUUUCUUGAAUUAAGAUAAUGAAGUUUUGUUUAUGACACUUUAAAGAAUUCUAGGGAUAACAAGUGUUAAAAUAAUUCUAAAAGUAAUAGUUUAAAUACAAGAAUGAAGAUAAUGUGUGUUUUAUGUAUGAUGUUAAGUAACUAUGGUGCAAUUAGCUAUUUAAAGAUGUAAUGGAAUAAAACCACAAUGAAAGAAGGAAACUUAGAGUGCAAGGAAGAUAAUAUGAAUAUGAACUUUUUUGUUCUUUUUUUGUUUGUGUAUGAAAGGCUGCAAAAUAUGUUUUUUUUUUUUUAUUAUGAAAAAUAACAAAUAUGUAAGGAUAAAGAUGUAGAAUAAUAAGAUUUAUCUCGAGGCUAAAUUCUGAUACCAAUGGUGCGGAAUUCAAGAUAAACUAACGUGAUCAAAAAUUCUAUAUAUAUUCUAGUAUUCAGAAUCUUUAAACUCGUAACAACCCCUCCCUACUUGACCUACAUUCAAUACGUGAAUGUCAACUAAAGUAAUUGGGAUGACGACUUGAACUGAUUAAAUGCCACAAGAUGGAAAGUUGAUAAGUAAAAUCAAUUCAAGAAGAAUUGAUAAAACGCUACAAGAAUUUAUCUUGAUAAGUUGAAUCAAUUCCUACUCAACAAGAAGGUUGAAGAAAACUUUAUUAGUUGAAAACUAAAAACACAUAAUUUUGUUGUUCUCAAAUUUGAAUGAGUACAAUUAGAAAUUGAAAAUCUAUUUAUAGAAUAGGUCAUAUGCAUUAUAAGAAAAUAAG